AGAUUGCUUAACCUAUUGCCCCUUCGGUGUGGUGAAGCCGGACCUUGACCGACUGCAGAACGUCAGUGUUCCGAUUUCCAACGUGUCCGAGGAUCUGAUCAGCAUAGGAAUGAGACUGAAACUCUGAACCCACAAACUGCUGAACUUCUUCCAGCAGAAAGCAGUCGAAUCGCUCGGCAAAAAAAAAAGAACAAAAACCAAAGCAGAUCAUCUGUCAACUAAUCUAGAUCCGGAUUCUAAUCACAACUGCGCGAUGAUGCGAAUGGAAUAUUUUUGCUUGCGCAAAAAAAGGGCUCCCCAAGAAGCCCUACCUAGCUCCCCCCCUCCCUCUUUUUCCCUUCCCCACACUAAGGGGUUUUUCCCUUCCACACUAGCAACAGGCUCGCAUCAUUCAUCAGCAUCAAAACAACUGCCCUCAGAGGCGCUGUUGGGGGGUUGUUGAGCCGUGUUUACAGUUCCCGGCCGAACGUCAUGCUACGCGACCGCUUACGAGCGACGCAGCCGUUGCUAACACCGCGCUGAUAACACUGCCGCAAGCCGCUCGCGCGAAAAACGUGUCUGCGGCCUGGUGAUAGUGCUCGAUCCUUGCCGCUCGGAGAUCGAGCACACACAUACACACUCGAGUAGGUCAUCCGAACGGGGGCAACCUGCCCAGCAAUAACAAAGCAGGUCGGCGCCGGCAAAGGCAAAGGGGUAAAGACCGGCGGUCUAUGCGUUCGACGCGCUGCUCGGUGGUGGACGUGAUUGCUCUGUAUUCCCUGUAUCCACUCAAAAAAAGUAACACAAAAAAGGUUCAAUCAGUUACAUUACAAGCGCAGUGAAAAGCAAACAAAAAACGCAUCCCGCAAUGGACAGUAAGGACGAGACGCGUGCACAGUCCCAGCAGGCGGAGGAGGGGCUCGAGCCGACGACCGCCGCCCUGGACCAGCUCGCCCUGUCGCUGCCGCUCGGGAAGAAGCGGGCGGGCCGGGGCGCGGUGGCGAGCGGACUGACGCACGAGUGCGGCGUGUUCGGCGCGAUUGCGACGGGCGAAUGGCCGACGCAGAUUGACGUGGCGCAGGUCAUCUGUCUCGGGCUGGUGGCGCUGCAGCACCGCGGCCAGGAGUCGGCCGGCAUCGUGACGAGCGAGGGCCACUGCGCGAAGAACUUCAACGUGCACAAGGGCAUGGGCAUGAUCAACAACAUCUUCACCGACGACUCGAUGAAGAAGCUGAAGGGCAACCUCGGCAUCGGGCACACGCGCUACUCGACCUCGGCCGCGUCGGAGGAGGUCAACUGUCAGCCGUUCGUGGUGCACACGGCGCACGGUGCGCUGGCGGUGGCGCACAACGGCGAGCUGGUCAACUGCGAGAGCCUGCGCAAGGACGUGCUGGAGCGGGGCGUCGGCCUGUCCACGCACAGCGACUCGGAGCUGAUCACGCAGGCGCUCUGCCUGAACCCGCCCGAGGGCGAGGUGGACGGGCCGGACUGGCCGGCGCGCAUCAAGCACCUGAUGCAGCUCGCGCCCCUCUCCUACUCGCUGGUGAUCAUGCUCAAGGACAAGAUUUACGGCGUGCGCGAUCCGUACGGCAAUCGGCCGCUCUGCAUUGGCAAGAUCGUGCCGCUCACGAUCGGCGCCUAUCGUAAUGAGAAGGUCGACAAGCUGCCCGCCGAGGGUUGGGUCAUAUCGAGCGAAAGCUGCGGCUUCCUGUCGAUCGGCGCCCGGUACGUGCGGGAGGUGCAGCCGGGCGAGAUAGUGGAGCUGACGCGCGACGGCAUCAAGACGAUCGACAUCAUCGACUGUCCGGAGAACCGGCGGCACGCGUUCUGCAUCUUCGAGUACGUCUACUUUGCCCGUUCCGACUCGAUCUUCGAGGGGCAGAUGGUGUACUCGGUGCGGCUGCAGUGCGGCCGCCAGCUGGCCCGCGAGGCCGGCGUCGAUGCGGACAUCGUCAGCUCGGUACCCGAGUCGGGUACGGCCGCGGCGCACGGGUUUGCUCGCGAGGCUAAUCUCAACUUUGCCGAGGUGCUGUGCAAGAACCGGUACGUCGGGCGCACCUUCAUCCAGCCGUCGACGCGGCUCCGCCAGCUCGGGGUGGCGAAAAAGUUCGGCGCGCUGUCGGAGAACGUGGCGGGCAAGCGGCUCGUCCUGAUCGACGACUCGAUCGUGCGCGGCAACACGAUCGGCCCGAUCAUCAAGCUGCUGCGGGAUGCCGGCGCCCUGGAGGUGCACAUCCGGAUAGCCAGCCCGCCCCUGCUCUACCCGUGCUACAUGGGCAUCAACAUUCCGACGCGCGAGGAGCUGAUCGCGAACAAGCUGAACGCGGAGGAGCUGGCCAAGUACGUCGGUGCGGACAGCUUAGCGUACCUCAGCGUGGACGGGCUGAAGAAGGCGGUCCAGCUGAACAUGGCGGUGAAGAAGCCGGAGCAGGUCGGCCACUGUACCGCCUGCCUCACCGGCGACUACCCGGGCGGGCUGCCCGACGAGCUAGAGUGGUAGUGGUAGUGGUAGAUGCUUUUCCUUUUCUUUUCUAUUCUUUUUUUUUUUGUAAGCAGUUUAUGUGUGUGUAUGUGUUUUUUUUUUGCUUCUGUUUCUAUUUUGCACUUACAAUGUAAGCACAUAGUGACGUAAUGUAAUCGUACGAUUUUGCGAUGAGAAAAAUAAAUACGCGAGCGAGCGCGGUUUGGCUGGACUUUA